AUGUUGGUGAUACCCCCCGGACUGAGCGAGGAGGAGGAGGCUCUGCAGAAGAAAUUCAACAAACUGAAGAAAAAGAAAAAGGCAUUGCUGGCUCUGAAGAAGCAAAGCAGCAGCAGCACAGCCAGCCAGGGCGGUGUGAAACGCUCGCUGUCAGAGCAGCCCGUGGUGGACACGGCCACCGCAACGGAGCAGGCGAAGCAGCUGGUGAAGUCAGGAGCCAUCAGUGCCAUCAAGGCUGAGACCAAGAACUCGGGCUUCAAGCGUUCUCGAACCCUAGAGGGAAAGUUAAAAGACCCUGAGAAGGGGCCGGUCCCCACUUUCCAGCCGUUCCAGAGGAGCAUCUCUGCCGAUGACGAUCUGCAGGAGUCGUCCAGACGUCCCCAAAGGAAAUCUCUGUAUGAGAGCUUUGUGUCUUCCAGCGACCGGCUUCGGGACCUGGGGCCAGAUGGGGAGGAGGCAGAGGGCCCAGGGGCUGGUGACGGCCCUCCUCGGAGCUUUGAAUGGGGCUACGAAGAACGUGGUAAUGCCCGCUCCUCAGUCUCCCCUCCCCGAAGCCGCAGCCGGGACCGUAGUCGUGAGCGGAACCGGGACAGAGAACGGGACAGAGACCGAGAUCGAGACCGGGACAGAGAACGGGACCGGGACAGGGAACGAGACCGGGACAGGGAACGAGACCGGGACAGGGAACGAGACCGGGACAGAGACCGAGACCGGGACCGAGAUCGGGAUCGGGACCGAGACCGGGACCGAGAGGGCCCUUUCCGCAGGUCGGACUCGUUCCCUGAGCGCCGGGCCCCUCGGAAGGGGAACACGCUCUACGUGUAUGGGGAAGACAUGACGCCCACCCUCCUCCGGGGGGCCUUCUCCCCCUUCGGAAACAUCAUUGACCUCUCCAUGGACCCCCCCAGAAACUGUGCCUUCGUCACCUAUGAAAAGAUGGAGUCAGCAGACCAGGCCGUGGCUGAGCUCAACGGGACCCAGGUGGAGUCCGUGCAGCUCAAAGUUAGCAUCGCCCGCAAACAGCCCAUGCUGGAUGCCGCCACCGGCAAGUCUGUGUGGGGCUCCCUCGCCAUCCAGAACAGUCCUAAGGGUUGCCAUCGGGACAAAAGGACCCAGAUUGUCUACAACGACGAUGUCUACAAGGAAAACCUGGUGGAUGGCUUCUAG